AUGUCCAGGGGAAACCAGACCACAUCCUCUGAAGCCAUGGGCCCUUCCCGCUCUGCAGUCCUGUCCACGAUGAGGCUCGGUCUGUGGUGGCUCCUUCUGAGCCCAGCAGGGUCAGCACAGCGAGCCUCCCGUACCCAAGCCGAGGACCGACUCUUCAAACACCUCUUUAGGGGCUACAACCGCUGGGCACGGCCAGUGCCCAACACCUCAGACGUGGUGAUCGUGCGCUUUGGGCUGUCCAUUGCCCAGCUCAUCGAUGUGGAUGAGAAGAACCAAAUGAUGACCACCAACGUCUGGCUAAAGCAGGAGUGGAAUGAUUACAAGCUGCACUGGAACCCGGCCGAUUUCGGCAACAUCACAUCCCUCCGGGUCCCUUCCGAGAUGAUCUGGAUCCCUGACAUUGUCCUCUACAACAAUGCAGAUGGGGAGUUUGCGGUGACCCACAUGACCAAGGCUCACCUCUUCUCCACGGGCACUGUGCACUGGGUGCCCCCGGCCAUCUACAAGAGCUCCUGCAGCAUCGACGUCACCUUCUUCCCCUUCGACCAGCAGAACUGCAAGAUGAAGUUUGGCUCCUGGACGUACGACAAGGCCAAGAUCGACCUGGAGCAGACAGAGCAGACGGUGGACCUGAAGGACUACUGGGAGAGCGGCGAGUGGGCCAUCAUCAAUGCCACGGGCACCUACAACACCAAGAAGUACGACUGCUGCGCCGAGAUCUACCCCGACGUCACCUACUACUUCGUCAUCCGGCGCCUGCCCCUCUUCUACACCAUCAACCUCAUCAUCCCCUGCCUGCUCAUCUCCUGCCUCACGGUGCUUGUCUUCUACCUGCCCUCCGACUGUGGCGAGAAGAUCACGCUCUGCAUCUCCGUGCUGCUCUCGCUCACCGUCUUCCUCCUGCUCAUCACGGACAUCAUCCCCUCCACCUCCCUGGUCAUCCCGCUCAUCGGCGAGUACCUGCUCUUCACCAUGAUCUUCGUCACGCUCUCCAUCGUCAUCACGGUCUUUGUACUAAAUGUCCACCACCGCUCCCCCCGCACCCACACUAUGCCCCACUGGGUGCGGGUGGCCUUUCUGGGCUGUGUGCCCCGGUGGCUUCUGAUGAACCGGCCUGUGCCCCCCCUGGAGCCCCGUGACCCCCCAGAUCUGAAGCCCAGCUCCUCUCAUUACUGGCUAGAGACCAACGUGGAUGCGGAGGAGAGAGAGGAGGAAAAGGAGGAGGAAGACAGAUGGGGGUGGGCAGCUCACUUAUCCCCCUCCAUGGGUGUCCUCCGUGGCCACAGUGGUCUACAUCAGGGGGCCUCAGGGCCCAGGGUGGAGGUCCAGUUGCAGGAGGGCGGGCUUCUGCUGUCACCUCGCAUACAGAAGGCACUUGAAGGUGUGCACUAUAUUGCUGAUCACCUGCGAUCUGAGGAUGCUGACUCUUCGGUGAAGGAAGACUGGAAGUAUGUGGCCAUGGUCAUUGAUAGGAUAUUCCUCUGGUUGUUUAUCAUCGUCUGCUUCCUGGGGACCAUUGGACUCUUUCUCCCUCCAUUCCUGGCUGGAAUGAUCUGA